AUAGCCACAGCCAUGGCCCCCCGCCUGCCCGCCGCCUUCCAGCUGCUGCUGCUGCUCCUCGCCGCCGGCUCCGGCCUCUCCGCGCCGCAGGAUACUGGAGGAUCCAGUCCAGGCAAUGAACCCCAUUCACUUGAACCUCUAUCAGCCACAACCCCCCAUUCUUCGACAACAGCAAAAAAUGUUAAUCGGACAACCUCAUUGGAUCCCCCUGAAAAAGGUAACACCACCGAGGCAGCCAGUGGUACCCAGCCAGUCAGCACCACCCAGUCAGCCAAUGGCACCCAGCCAGUCAGCACCACCCAGUCAGCCAAUGGCACCCAGCCAGUCACCACCACCAAACCAGCCAAUAGCACCCAUUCAGCUAACACCACUCAGUCAACCACAACGGCCACUUCAAAACCCCAAACAAGCACGCCAUCAAAACCCAAUAUUACAGUGACCACUGCCAGUACUCCUUCCACCUCUGCUUCAGUUUCUGUAACAGUUGCACAAGCCAGAGCUUCCAGAUUUGAUGUGGGCAGCUUUGUAGGUGGUAUUGUACUGACACUUGGAAUGCUAGCCAUUCUCUACAUUGGGUGCAAAACAUACCACUCCAGAAGAGGCAUUCGGUACAGAACCAUUGAUGAACAUGACGCCAUCAUUUAAAGGUGCUUCACAGCAGACAGCAGG